CAGCUGCAGACAUGGCGACUUAGGGGAAAGAGAGGAGAGUUUCUCUCUCUUUGGAGAUGGUUUGUGUCUAGUAGUGCCCGUGCCCCUGGGCAGGUUGGAGAGAAGAAGGACGGCUGGAGAAUCGUCAUUUGAGGACCAGAGGAGAAAAGAAGACGCCACGUUAAUUCGACAAGGCCUCGGGUCCCUGCCUGCCCCGGUGCUCAUGGAACCUGCUGCUGCCCUGCCCUUCUCCCUGCCAGCCUCCCUCCUGCUCCUCCUCCUCAGCCUGCGUGCACUGGUCUCAGCCCAGUUGACUGUGGUGGGGCCCACUGACCCCAUCUUGGCCAUGGUGGGAGAAAACACGAUGUUACGCUGCCAUCUGUCCCCUGAGAAAAAUGCUGAGGACAUGGAGGUGCGGUGGUUCCGGUCUCACUUCUCCCCGGCAGUGUUCGUGUAUAAGGGUGGGAGACACAGAACAGAGGAGCAGAUGGAGGAGUACCGAGGAAGAACCACCUUUGUGAGCAAGGACAUCAGCAGGGGCAGCGUGGCCCUGGUCAUACACAACGUCACAGCCCAGGAGAACGGCACCUACCGCUGUUACUUCCAAGAAGGCAGGUCCUCCGAUGAAGCCAUCCUGCGCCUCAUGGUGGCAGGACUGGGCUCUGAGCCCCUGGUUGAAAUGAGGGGCCACGAGGAUGGGGGCGUCCUGCUGGAGUGCAUAUCCAGAGGGUGGUACCCGAAGCCCCUCACGGUGUGGAGGGACCCCUCUGGUGAGGUCAUGCCUGCCCUGAAGGAGGACUCCACCCCUGACGCAGACGGCCUCUUCAUGGUCACCACAGCUGUGAUCAUCAGAGACAGGUCCGUGAGGAACAUGUCCUGCUCUGUCAACAACACCCUGCUUGGCCAGAAGAAAGAAAGUGUCAUUUUUAUUCCAGAAUCCUUCAUGCCCAGUGCGUCUCCCUGUGUGGUGGCCCUGCCUGUCAUUGUGCUUAUUCUGAUGAUACCCAUUGCCGUAUGUAUCUACUGGAUCAACAGACUCCAAACGGAAAAAAAGAUGCUGUCAGGGGAAAAGGAGUUUGAACGGGAAAUGAGAGAAAUUGCUGUAAAGGACCUGGAGAAAGAACGUGUGGAAAAAGAGAAAGAACUUCAAAGGAAAGAGCAACUUCAAGAAGAACUGAGAUGGAGAAGAGCAUUCUUACAUGCUGAGCUCCAAUUCUUCUCAACCUGAGGACGUUGCUUCUGUCUCUGAAGAGAUAGAAGUAUAGCUUCAGUGAAUCUCAGUGUGUGAGCUGCCUGGAAUCUGGGGCCAUUCAUGGAAGUGGCCAGUACAUAGGGAUUCCCCCUGCAGAUAUCUGAGACCUGUCUGGGGAUCAGGAACCACACAAUCCCCAGGGUUCCUGAGACCCCAGGCCUAAACCUGAGACUUCCUCUGCAGCCGAUGUGGUCCUGGACCCAGACACCGCUCAUCCCGAGCUCUUCCUGUCAGAGGACCGGAGAAGUGUGAGGCGUGGCCCAUACAGGCAGAGUGUGCCAGACAACCCAGAGAGAUUCGACAGUCAGCCCUGUGUCCUGGGCCGGGAGAGCUUUGCCUCCGGGAAACAUUACUGGGAGGUGGAGGUGGAAAACGUACUUGAGUGGACUGUAGGGGUGUGUAGAGACAGUGUUGAGAGGAAAGGGGAGUUCCCGCUGCUUCCUCAGAAUGGCUUCUGGACCUUGGAGAUGUUUGGCAACCAGUACCGGGCCCUGUCGUCCCCUGAGAGGAUUCUCCCUUUGAAGGAGUCCCUUUGCCGGGUGGGCGUCUUCCUGGACUAUGAAGCUGGAGACGUCUCCUUCUACAACAUGAGGGACAGAUCACACAUCUACACAUGCCCCCGUUCAAUCUUUUCUGUGCCUAUGAGGCCCUUCUUCAGGUUAGGAUCUGAUGACAGCCCCAUCUCCAUCUGCCCCGCACUCACAGGAGCCGAUGGGGUCACGGUGCCUGAAGAGGGCCUGACACUUCACAGGGCAGUGACCCACCACAACCCACAGGAUCAAUUCCCUGGUCUCACAGCCAUGUAGACAAGCCCUGGCCAUCUCAGCAGCCACUGCACAACACCCCUGGUGGAAGACACGCCCUCCCCGCUCUGGUCACAUAAGAGGACGUCUUCCAGCUGCCUGUUUCACACCCCGUCCAGACCUCAGCCCCUGUUCACCUCCUGACUAGGCUGUGGCUUUAGCAGUUCAUUUGCUUGUUACUGUGGGAUGGGAUCCAGGCGUAGGGAACUAGUUGUUACAUAGCUCCCAGCCAGGAAGAAAGUGUGAGAAGCUGAUUGGCAGCGAACCUGCUGUUUAGCAUCAGGGUGACGACAUUGAGCCCAGUAUGCCAGUUGGCACCAGAUGCCAUGGACUUGGAAUGAAGCCAACAGUGUUCGCCAGGAUGUGAGAGAAGAGAGGAAUCCACACGACCACCGGAGGGGAGAGGGAACCAGAUAUGCAGGUCAGAGACAAAGGAAGUGGAACCAGAGAGCUGGGAGGGACCAAGGUUGUGAGGGUGGCUGAGUCCCACCGUAACAGCUGAGGGGUCCCAGGAGACGAUGGCUCAUCUCCACCCAGCCCCAGGAUCUCCAGAGCACACACCCACAGGCCUGGACAUGGGAUGAAGAUGAAUGAAGAACAUGGACAUGUGGGUGUGGUUGGGUCAGGUGCCCCUGCAGUAAACAAAGAGUCAGUACUCUGUCCUCGAGUGUGGUUGAGAUUUGAGGUCCUGGUGGAGCGGGGCAGUACUGGACCAGAUCUACCUGAGCGUUCCAGUUCAGUGGGGGCUCCAGUGACUUCAAACUUUCUGGUCUCAUGAUGUCUUUAAACACUUAGAAAUGAUGGAGGAUUCCAAAUAGCUUUUGUUUAUUUUGGUAAAUAUUUGUUGGUAUAUAUGGCAUUUGAGAUCGAAACUAAGAAAUGUUUUAAUGUAUUUAUUAAUUUAUAUCAAAAUAGCAUGAAUAAGCCAAUUACAGGUUAAUAUAAGUAGAAUGUUUAUGAAAAUAUGAGUAUGGCAUCCAGAGCAAAAUAAAUUCUAUUCAGAAGUGUG